AUGGUGAAGAUCACAGGCUUCAUCACGCGAGACGUGAGGUUUCCGACCUCCCUCGACAAAACCGGCUCCGAUGCUAUGAACGCUGCCGGCGACUACUCCUCAGCCUACUGCAUCCUCUACACAGACUCUCCCUACUCCGGACAUGGCAUGACAUUUACCAUCGGCCGCGGCAACGAAAUCGUCUGCUCCGCCAUCUCCCUCCUCGCGCCACUAAUAGUCGGCAAAGACCUCGACGAGCUGACCUCAAACUGGGGCGCUACAUGGCGCUACCUCGUCUCCGACAGCCAGCUGCGCUGGAUCGGCCCCGAGAAGGGCGUUAUCCAUCUCGCGCUGGGCGCCGUCGUAAACGCCCUGUGGGAUCUAUGGGCCAAGGUCCUUAACAAGCCCGUCUGGAGGAUCGUCGCGGACAUGACCCCCGAAGAAUAUGUGAGCUGCAUUGACUUCCGGUACAUCACCGAUGCGAUUACGCCGGAGGAGGCGAUUGCGCUGCUGAAGGAGGUGGAGGGCGGCAAGGCGGAGAGAAUCAAGGAGGCUGAGCAGAGUAAGGCCGUGCCUGCUUAUACUACCAGUGCCGGCUGGCUUGGGUAUGGAGAGGAGAAACUCAAGGCAUUGCUCAAGCAGAGUGUUGAGCAGGGGUAUAAGCACUUUAAGUUGAAGGUUGGCGCGAACUUGGAGGAUGACAGACGGCGAUUGUCAAUCGCGCGCGAGGCGAUUGGGUAUGAUAAGGGGAAUAUCCUGAUGGUUGAUGCUAACCAGGUUUGGUCCGUCCCCGAAGCAAUCGAAUGGAUGAACAACCUCGCCGAGUUCAAGCCCUGGUUCAUCGAAGAGCCCACCUCCCCCGACGACAUCCUCGGCCACGCCGCAAUCAAGAAGGCUUUAGAGAACACACCCCACGGCCCCAUCGGUGUCGCCACCGGCGAGAUGUGCCAGAACCGCGUCAUCUUCAAGCAGCUUCUGCAGGCCGGCGCUCUGACAGUCCUGCAAGCGGAUGCUUGCCGAGUUGGCGGUGUAAAUGAGGUCCUCGCUAUCCUGCUGCUUGCGAGGAAGUUCGGCGUGCCGAUUGUGCCGCACUCCGGUGGUGUCGGACUGCCCGAGUACACUCAGCACCUGAGCACGAUUGAUUAUGUUGUUGUUAGUGGAAAGAGGAGUGUGCUGGAGUAUGUGGACCAUCUGCAUGAGCACUUCUUGCACCCGUCUAGCGUGAAGGAUGGGUACUAUGUUACGCCACUGGAGCCUGGAUACAGUGUUGAGAUGAAGCCGGAGAGUAUGGAUCAGUUUUCGUUCCCCGGUGAGGAGGGGAAGAGUUGGUGGAAGUCGGAAGAGGCGAAGGUCAUUUUGGAGGGACCUAGGAUAGUAUAG